AUGGUCACAGACCACGUCCUUGCCGGCCCUGACGGUCAGUGCUACAGGAACAGGAAGUUGUUCCCGUCCAUAAUCCUGCAGGCGGCAUGUGACCAUCAGGGCCGCUUUGUCGAUACACAUGUGGGCUGGCUGGGGCCAGUGCAUGACUCCAGGGUCCUCAGCCACAGCCCACUGUACCGACAGGCCCGUUACCCUCCCCCAGGGCAUUUUAUCCUUGCAGAUGGAGGGUACUCAUGUCUCCAACAUCCACUCUCCCUCAUCACCCCCUACAAGAGGCCAGUCCACGGUGUGGGAGCCCAGCGCUUUAAUGCACAUCACUCCAGGGCACGCUCUGUCAUAGAGCGUGCCUUUGGAAUGAUGAAGACAAGGUUCCGUGUCAUCUUCCUGCAAGCGCUGGAGGUGCACCACACCUUUGUGCCACAUGUCAUAACAGCAUGUGCCGUGCUGCACAACAUCUGCAUCGGUGCUGGUGACAUUGUGGCCCCAGAUGAGGAACCCGAGGAUGAUGGCCAAGAUGAGGGGGAGACUGGUGUGGAGGCAGUCAGUGGUGCACACUGGCGGGACCAGCUAUCUGCUGAGGUGUCUGCCCUGGAGGAGGUACCCCCGGACCAUGAUUAUUGUCAGCAGACCCAAGUGGAGGAUGUUGCGGUGGACAGUGGGGAUGAGCAUGCCUGA